AUGAAUCUGUUAAUAAUUAUUUUGUGCCUAGUCACUACGCAUGCAAGCUUCCAACGUGUUCCUUUACAACGUUUCAAAAGUGAGGUAAAUAGUCGUCGGCUUCAAUUAAAGGACGGAGAAGGUACCUGUGCAUCGAUUCCCUUGUACAUCUAUCUGGAUGGAGAGUAUUAUGGGAUUAUUUCUAUUGGAACACCACCGCAAAAAUUUAAAGUGAAUUUUGAUACUGGCUCCUCAAAUUUGUGGGUGCCUUCAAAGAAAUGCCGUAAAACCAACAUUGCCUGUCUAAUGCACAAGAAGUACGAUGCAAGAAAGUCACGGACGUACAUUAAAAAUGGAACUUAUUUUUCAUUACAAUAUGGAAAAGGCGCUGUUACGGGUUAUUUGUCCACUGAUUUCCUUAAUAUUGGCGGACUGUGUAUUCAAAACCAAACUUUUGCAGAGGCAACAGGCGUUACAGACAAGUUUUUUGGCUCAACAAUAUCCGAUGGCAUACUCGGUCUAGGUUAUGAAUCGACUUCCGUGGAUGACGUUAAGCCCCCGUUUUAUGCUAUGUAUGAACAGGGGCUAAUCUCUGCACCUGUGUUUUCAUUUUAUCUCAACCGUGACGGAGGCGAACUCUUGUUUGGAGGCUCAAAUCCCAAACACUACUCUGGAAAUUUCACAUACCUGCCAGUGAUGGGGCAGCGCUACUGGCAAAUCAAAAUGGAAUCUGCUUCUAUAGAUGACGUAGAACUUUGUAAGGGAGGCUGCCAAGCUGUCAUUGAUACUGGGGUAUCAUUCAUUAUAGCUCCAUCAGUGGACGCCAAAGCGAUAAAUAAUGCGAUUGGAGCCGCUGACGAUAGGAGAAUUCCCUGUAACAUAACCUCCGAAUUGCCCGUUAUUAAAUUUGUAUUUGGGGACAAGACCUUUCAACUCCAAGGAACGGAUUAUAUACUUCGCCUUACUGAAAUGGGGAAGUCGAUUUGUUUCUCAAGAUUCAUGGGCUUUGACAUGCCAUAUCCGCGUGAAACUAUAUGGCUAUUGGGAAAUAUCUUUAUAAGAAAAUAUUACACAUUGUUCGACAUGAGUAAUCAACGUGUUGGUUUUGCUGAUGCUAAAUAA